AUGGGCUGUUUUCCCGCUCUAUUAUCCCUAAGAACGUUUCCUUUUCCAUUCAGUUUACAGUCAUCCCGAAGUCCACCGUUUCAGUCUCAUAUUAUCAAAAUAAGAUUCUCGUCUGCUUUAUUUGUUGCACUUUCUGCAUCUUUGGCGGUUGCAGUUCCUGUUAGCUCGGGGACUGAAGCAGCCGCCGAAUGGUUCGACAAGGCCUACUCCGAGAAGCGUUCUCCCAAGGAGGAUGCUGCUGCUGAGUGGUUCGACAAGGCUUAUGAGUCGAAUUAA